GAAAGUUGAGCGUUUUGACGUUCCGGAAAUUUCAAUGCAUGUGGCAAUCAGAGAUGCGCUCCAGAGAUAUGGAACCGACUGUCCUGUGGCACAGGCAUUUUUCAAUAUCAAGCCCUGUGAUAUUCAAGAAACCUAGGUUGUCAUCAGAUGGGUCGAGAACGAGGAACUUCCCCACAAGGCGUAGCGCAGUGUGUAUUCGAUAGGAAAGAAGAUAAACAAAUAGGAAGGAUUGGGGGCGACGUAUUGAUAGAGAGUUGCCUCAAAAUGAGAUUCUGACAACUCAAAAAAAAGAAAAUGGUUACUCGAUCAAUAUGAAAUGUUACCAUAAGAAGCUUAUGUAUAUCUCAUUGCACAGUUUUGAACUUUGGCCGUUUAGUUCUGAAUCGGCCGCCAGAAGUGAGGCGUCUGCAAUGUCCUCCCACAUUUCAUUUAUGCAGCCUCGAAGGACCACCACAAUGCAGCCUCCACGGUACCAUGCUCACCGGACGCACAGAUCAGCCACACAUGAACAUGAUAAUAGCUCAGAUCAUAGCGCCAGGAGGUUUAUACUCGGGUCAUCUACCGAAUGUAUAGUAAGACAAGAAGCUUUAGUGAAGGACAAUGCCGCUAGUAUCUGUCUGCAUCCAGGCAAGCCUCACACCGGAAUUAUCUACAAGGCUGAAGGACUUCCUUAUACAUCGCGAGACAAUAGUGCAUCGAUCCGGCCCGGCUCAUUCAAUUGUCCUCCAAUACUGCAGCUAUUCCGAAAUGUGAUAGCUUUGACGCAGGACAAUCUGACUCUAGCUGCAGGUCUUUACAAUUCACCACUGAAGGACUUAUCACGGACUCAUGAAUUUCCCAAUCGAGCACUCCUUUUGCCUGCUUUUGUUCGAGUAGAAUACCCAACGUCUAUGUCAUCUUUGGUUAUGCUUUUUUCGUCGCCCUGUCGCCCUUUCUGUCGAUCAACCGGUCUUUGCACGUCCGGUAACUAGAGAAAGUCAUACCAUGAAGCCUCCACAUACGUACUUCGAUAUCACCAAAUCCUUCUCACCACCCUGAUUCUUCUACGUCAAUUCGACUCCCGAACCCUUUCGGCCUCCACGGACGUCAGGAAAUGAAGCUCACAUCGCCCAUUCUCC